UCCGGUUGGCUUUUGCUUCGCUUUGAAAGAGAGGAGACUGUGUGGUUUUGUUGGGUUGAAGGCUCGGGCCUGAGCAUCAAGGCGGGCGCUUCUCUGCAACCGCGAGUUGGGACCUUCCUUACUGUUAAGGGGAAAUGCAUCGUUUUAAGCACACGUUUCGAGAUUGUAGGGAUCCCAGAUGCCGCAGCAAACUUGCCGACCAUCCAGCCAAGGAUUUACCUGCCAUUAGCACACAUGGUCUUAAUAGUUCAUCCAGACCUGUCAGCAGGCACUCUAUGGACUCUAAUCAUUGUUAUUUUAUUAUUACUAUUAGCCAGUUUGCUCUCUUUCUGGGAGAAUUUACUUUCCUGCCUUGUUGCACGCUCCUCUCUCUUCACACCCACCGAUAUAUUCCAUUGUUAUAUUAGUAUAGCAUUCCCCACCCGCCCUCAAGGUCAGAAAAAUAAUAUCAGUCGCACAGGUGCAAGGGGUUUCUAAGUCAGCAUCCAUGUGUGUCUGAAAACCCAAGUUCGCAACUGGAAUUUUAAACUGAAAUGACAGCAAAGCAACAUCUUAAGACGUCUGGGAAACAGCACAGCAGCUCUCAUUGCUUUCCUUGUAAAAUUGCUACACUUUUUUGUAUGCGUGCAUCCUAUUGAACGUUAGCGAGGCGUGCUUCGAGGUCACCCAUAAAUCAUAUUCAUUAUUUUUACAUUUUAAAUUCUAUUUGUUGUCUAUAGUAAAGCAGCAAGGGAGAAUUGUUCUUCCUCAGCAUUUAUUUCUUUGCUGCCAGGGACGUGCUACGUGUAGUGUAGUUAACUGCUCAAGAUGGCCAAAGCAGUUCUAAAGCAGCUCGGUCUUUUGGGGAAAGGUAGUAGCUUGUAUACCCCAAAAUACUACUUCGGGGAGCUGGUCAGACCAGGUUGCCCCACUGCAAGCUGGUGUUUUAAAGUCUUCACUCAAGAGGGCGCCUUACAAACUCUCUCUCCGGCAUAGUAAUCCGCUUACACGUGGAUCCACCACUCGCCUUUUCCCUCCCAAAUGCAACUUAAGCCCUAUCUUGGGUGGACUGGGCGCGAACUACACGUGUCAGGUGUUUCUUCCGCUAGGCACGUGCAGAGGAAGUGACCCGCUUUAAAGGAGACACCCAGCGCGUACAAACGCUUUCUUCCAGCACACACAACAUCCGGUCUAAAUUGGGUUGCGUUUACAUGGAGAUACUCAAGGGACGGCCACCUGCCUCAUGCCCGUGUGAACACAGCGCUGCACCAGAAACACAAAUGCAGGCGCUUUUGAUGGAGACAUCUGGAAAUUGUAGCACCCCAUAUGCUAGAGUGACUUCUAAGUAUCGUACACGUCUGCAGGAUCCAAAGUCGCAAGGGGGCAAAAGACGGUUGUCUCAGGCACGCAACAGAGCUACCUUGGCAGGACUUUUCAACAACCUACGAGAAACAGUAUAUUCUCAGCAAGAUAACUCCACAUCAAAGUGUCAGGUUUUAUGCAAGGCUAAGAAUUAUAUCCAGGAGCUGGAGAAAACCUUGGAAAACUUGCUGAAAAUGAAAGAGGUUUUAAAUCUGGAGGAUGGCCAUCCAUCGAGCUUGGAGGAAGUAAAGGAAGAAUAUGUCAAAAUGUACUUCAACAAUCACAGUGCUGCUGCAUCCCCUCCUUCAAAUUCUGCAAGUCAGAGUGGCGCUACCGUCUGGUACGUGAUUCAGGAACACGAAAAGACCUCGGUAGGGGAGGAUGUGACUCUGAGGCUGACGCAGUCGCCAGCUGCCUCUUCUCCUGACCUCAUGGAGUUUGAGCGAUACUUACAUUUUUACAAACAGACAGUAGACCUGCUGGUAGAUAAUGGGGUUGUGAGCCCCGAAGACGUUACUCUUCCUGUGGUCUCCACAGCCGUUUCCCACCUGUGGCAGGGCCUCCCUGAAGAGAGGAGGGACGGUGUCCUGCAGUACUGUAAUCAGAGGCAGAAUUUCAUCACUGAGGUCAAGAUGGCUUCCCAAGAGCCUCCUUGUACUGAGGGCAGUGUGAGGGACAGCGGAGCUAGUCAGGAAGCCAGCGGUUCGCUAGUAUCCACACCAGAGGAGAUCCUCUUUGAAGAUGCAUUCGAUGUGGCAACUAGCUUCCUGGAUAGAAAUGAAACCCAAGAAAUGUCCAGCCAAAGCUCAGCAUUCACAGGCUGUACUUCAGAAAGCCAAGAGGAUUACCAUCACCUCUACCUGCGGAUCAUCAGCUUCUUGAAGAGCCUGUUUUUUGCCAACACACAACCUUCCCAGGAAGAGGUUCUCCAGCUGGAUUAUGAGACUGUGAUGCUGAGAUGCACAGAGACAUUUGAUGACGAAGAUUUGUAAAUUAAGAUGGUUCUAUUAAGCAUGUGCGGGGCGGGGUCCUAAUUGUUACUUAAUGACACCCCUCAGCCUAUGCCACCAUGAGAAGAGAUGCUGCUUUAAUUCCUUGGUGUUCAUCAUGUUUAAAGGAGUUCUGUUUGUUUAUACUACAUAAUUCUUCAUUGGUUAAAUUAUUUGUACUUUUUACAUGUAUUGCAGUUUGAUAUUU